CUUAACAACGGCUAACGGGAUUAGUGUGCAAGCAACAUAUAUUUUAUAAACAUACAGAAUUCUGUUGGGUAACAUUAAGAAGAACCAAGUGCUGUGGUCUAGGAGACAGACAGUAAAAGCAUCAUUAAGGCACAGUUCUCAGCUGUGUUUCCAUCUGCAUUGAUCUUUAAUGAAGUCUGCUGUAACUCCAGACCAGCAGGGUGUGCCUGCAGGUAGCGCACCCUUUCCAUCUCAGCCCCCAGCUUACGCCAUCAACCUUCCACCCGGUGCUGCUGUGUACCCUUCUCCUCCAUAUGGUCAAGUCCCAAUGCCACCAGGGCAUAUGCCAUUUCAAACGCCAGUUCACAUGCCAUCUCCAGUGCACCCACAGUACCCUCCUCAGAUGCCAGUGGCAAUGCCAAUGCCUGCUCCUGAGAGACCACCAGACUGCCCACCAGGGUUAGAAUAUCUCGUUCAAAUUGAUCAGCUUCUUGUUCACCAGCAGAUGGAGCUGAUGGAAGUGAUGAUGGGAUUUGAGACGCACAACAAGUACUUGGUGAAGAAUAGUCUGGGACAGCAGGUGUUUUUUGCUGAGGAGGAAAACGACUGCUUCAGCCUGCACUUCUGCGGGCCGAUGCGAUCAUUCGCCAUCCACAUUCAGGACAACAUGGGCCAGACCGUCAUGUCCGUGACAAGGCCACUCAAAUGCGGCGCCUGCUGCUUCCCUUGCUGCCUCCAAGAGCUGGAAGUACAGUCUCCCCCUGGAAACCCUAUCGGAUAUGUCAUACAGGAUUGGCACCCGUACAUUCCCAAGUUCACCAUUCAGGAUGAGCGAAGAAAUUCUGUGCUGAGAAUCAUUGGGCCUUUCUGUGACUGCAAGUGUUUCUCUGAUGUGAACUUUGAGAUCAAAUCACUGGAUGAGACUUCAGACGUUGGUCGUAUUUCUAAGCAGUGGUCUGGCUUUGGGAACGAGAUGUUUACAGAUGCUGACAACUUUGGGGUGCAGUUUCCAAUGGAUUUGGAUGUGAAAAUGAAAGCGACUAUUCUGGGAGCUUGUUUUCUCAUAGACUUUAUGUUUUUUGAACAUUCAAAGCAGCAAGAUAAUCAUUAGUGUUGCUUCAGUGAUGGGGAUAUUUUCAGAUCGGAGAUGUCAUAAUGUGCGAAUACUGCCACCUCUAUAAAGUCCUCUGUCCUUGGUUUAGUCUUGUAGUCAGCUGCUCUGUCUCAGCAGUGUCUCAUGUGCUCAUUGUGUUUUCAACCUGACAAUAAAAAGAAGUCCGCAGACUAACAAUCUGAAAUGUGUAUGAUGUUGGAUACAAAAAUGAAACACCAAUCUUGGGACCGCUGAAAAUUGUGGGAGUGAAAGGACUGGUAAAGAUAUUUUGACCGAUACAUUUUACACGAUAAAAUUGUUUUGUGUUACAGUAAGAUAUGUUAUUCUGUUUCGGUGAAUCUACUGUUGUCGUUAUAAUAUCAUAACUCCAGUAGGUGGCAGCAGUGAGCUUUGAAAUGCAUGAGAUCAUAUGACCUCAUAAAUCUACUUCACGAAGUCAAAUGACAUGAAGUACAUUUAUGAAUUUAAACAUUUAUGAAUUUAACCAGAGGCGGACAAUGGCAUCCCAGUUUUAGAAAGUAAAAGUGCUAAGUAUUCAAUCCAACCAGUUAGUAAACCAGCUCAUCCUAAUUAGCUGCCAGGUAGAUAUUAUGAUAACUCUGAGUGCAGGUAGAAAGAAUAUAUGGCAGGACUUUUACUCUCUGGAACCAGGAAUGUCCGCCUCUGAAAUUAACACUUCUCACAAUGUUUCACAUCAAAGAAUUGAGUACUUAUAUGUUUGUAGUUUUAAGUUAAUCAACGUUGAUCAAUGAAUGUAUUGUGUUACUACUUUCAUAUCGGCUGGUUUGUUCAUUAAUGAUCUUAUAGGCCUACUAUGUAUCAUAAUCUUUGUUUGCUUUGCUUUGCUUAUGAUAAGGUCUGUGGUCAUGAAGGUCAUCUGUUUUUUUAGACGUAAUGUACAACCCAGUCAGUAAAUAAGUCCAGCAUGUUUUGUUUGACAACAUGCCACAUGUGGCCUUGUUCAGCCAGAGAACCCAUCUUGGUUUUUCACAUAAAUAAAGAGUGCAAGUCUUCACUUGAAAAGAAUAAUUUGUGAGUCAGUAGCCUAA